AGAUUGCUACAUAAAAUGCGAAAAAACGGAAUCGCGGAGAACUGUAACGCGGAAAAGUACAUUAAAAAUAAUCGUUACUCGCGUGCGUGUUUUUUUUCCUCGCCCGCAAGCUCAGCAUUUUAUUGUACAAAUAUAUUUAAAUCUAUUUAAUUACCGUUAAUAAUACACGCGUCAUAAAUAGAAAAGAAAUACGAGAAAAUGAGACGUCGCGUUCAUGCAAAGUAGUUGAAAAAAGAAGGCACACACAUGCAACAUACAUACGCACGCACGUCGUUGCGAAGGAAUAUAUGUAUCUACACAUGCAUGUAUGACUAUGUGUGAGUGUGCGCUGGUGUUGUGCGGCCGUGUGUGCGUGUGUGUGUGUGUGUGCGUGCGUUAGCUACCGAGUUGAGUCUCCGACUCCAAGACAAAGGGAGAGGAAAGGUGGGGACAGUACGUCGGCGUUUGAGCGUUGAAAGAAAAACAUAAAAAUGAACUGGCACAGCCGACGGCGACUACUACAACAACAAAACAAACGCCAAAGUGCGUAUGAUGUUCUACUGCGGCUACAACUGUGAUAUUUGGAUAUAAAGCAUAUACAAAGCCGCCCCGCACCGUAAUAAAACAAGCCCCGUGCGUAUAAACGUACGAUAGUGCCUCUGCCGCUGGACAACGGAAAGAAAGAUUGGAAAAGGGAAGAUCUGAAGCGAUUGAAGCAACAGACAAAGUGGCAUCACCCAUAAGCAAAAGAAGCAACCAGCAGACAGCAGACCAGCAGCACCACCACCACCACCUCAGUGAAUAUUAUUAAAGACUGCAUAUUAUACAGAAUGGUCGUCGGUUCGAAUCAUACGCGGCGCAGUGAAACUGCCGGCAGAUAUACAAAUAGCAGCAGUAGCAAUAGCGGUAACACGAAUAGUGGCAACAACUCCACCAGCGCAACGUCUUCAAUUACAAACGCAUCCUCAGUGGCGGCGGCGACGACGUUGUCGUCGUCGUCGGCGUCGUCAGUGUCACAUAACAACAAUAACAACAAAAGCCAAACUCUCAACAACAAUCAUAUUAGUUCUGCAGCAGCAGCAACAUCAUCUUCUUCUGCAACAUCAACAUCAUCAUCAACGUCCUCGUCGCAUGGCAUUGGUGCAGUGGUUCAUAUGGGUGGCAGCCUUAACGGUUGUAACGGCAGCGCCGUUAGUCGCCUAUCACAAUCGACGGGCAUGUCCCCGCGUGAGCUAUCUGAAAACGAUGAUCUGGCCACAUCGCUGAUAUUGGAUCCACAUUUGGGCUUUCAGACGCACAAAAUGAAUAUACGUUUUAGGCCUCUGAAAGUGGAUACACAGCAGCUGAAAGCGAUUGUCGAUGACUUUAUACACACACAGAACUAUGACAUUGCCAUACAGCGCAUCUUCGAUGGACCCUGGAUACCUCGUCACCUCAAGAAUAAGAACAAGAUAGCCACCAAGCGGCUGCACGAUCAUAUUAUACGCUAUUUGCGUGUGUUCGACAAGGACAGUGGCUUUGCGAUCGAGGCAUGCUAUCGAUAUUCGCUGGAGGAGCAACGUGGUGCGAAGAUUAGUUCCACGAAACGUUGGUCGAAGAACGAAAAAAUUGAAUGCCUGGUCGGUUGCAUUGCCGAGCUAACCGAGGCCGAGGAGGCGGCGCUGUUGCAUUCGGGCAAAAAUGAUUUCUCUGUGAUGUAUAGUUGCCGCAAGAACUGCGCUCAACUGUGGCUGGGACCCGCCGCCUACAUCAAUCACGAUUGCCGUGCGAAUUGCAAGUUCCUUGCCACAGGCCGGGACACGGCGUGCGUGAAGGUGUUGCGUGACAUUGAGGUGGGCGAGGAGAUUACGUGCUUCUAUGGCGAGGAUUUCUUUGGCGACAGCAAUCGAUACUGCGAGUGCGAGACGUGCGAGCGACGCGGGACAGGCGCCUUUGCGGGCAAGCACUCGGCAAAUCAGUUAAAUGAGGCAAUGCUUGGUUUGACAAACGGCUUAGGCUUGGGGCUGGGCCUGGGCGCUGCCGGCGGCGCCAAUGGCGGAGGCUAUCGCUUGCGUGAGACGGACAAUCGCAUCAAUCGCAUCAAGAGUCGCGCCAACAGCACCAAUAGCACCUCCAAUAGCAACAGCAACGACAGCAGCAGCAAUGCCGGCAACAGCAACAUAAAUGGUGCUGUUGCACCGACAGCAGCAACAGCUGCAGCCACAGCUGCUGUGGGCAGGCCUAAGAGCAGCAGCCUGGAGCUAAAUGCAGCUGCUUUGUCACUGGACAAAAAGCAGCCCAAUGUGAUUGUCUCACCGCUGACUAUGAAAGAGCUGCGACAGAAGGGCAUGACUAAGUACGAUGCCGAAAUGAUAAUGGCUAACGCAGCCUAUCAUCAACAGCAGCAGCAGCAGCAUCACCAUCCGCAUCAGCAGCAGCAUCAUCAUCAUCAUCACCAUAUGCAUCAUUUUCACACUCACCUGCCACACACAACAGGAGCAGCAGCUGCUGCCGCAACAGCCAGCAGUAAUGCUGCUGAGGCCGCCAGUCAGGCGACAGCCAUGCAAAAGCCACAAGCAGCCGCCGAGCUGAGUAAUGGGCGAGCUGCUAUUGCUGCUGCUGCCGCUGCCGCUGCCGCUGCUGCAGCAACGUUGCGCAAAUCGACGCGAGUGAACAGCACCAGCAGUACCAUAUCGACAGCGUCCACUGACGAACCGCCACUCUUGCAUAGUAGCUCGACAGCAACAGCCACUGCAACUGCAACUGCAACGACAACGACUACAACAAUGGCAAAUAAGGCGCCUGUGGUACUGGUACCGCGUUAUAAGCCAGCUGCUGUGGCUGCAGCACUGCAGCAGCAGCAACAACAGCUACAACAACAACAGCAGCAGCAGCAGCAACAACAGCAGCAGCAACGCCAGCAACAGCGGCAGCUUAGACGCAGCGAGCGGCAAACGCAGCGUCAAAAGGUCAGUAAGGAUGCAGCACAGACACUGGGCAAAUAUAUAACGGAUAGCGAGAGCAGCGAUACGGAUUUGCAUCACCAACAGCAACAACAGCUGAAGCAGCAAAAGCAGCAAUGCAACGAAGCAGCAGCAGCAGCAGCAGCAACUACACCAGAGAAACGCGUAACACGCAACAGCGCCGGACGUGCAGCAGCAGCGGCUGCAGCAGCAGCAUCACCAACAAUAACUGCCAGCAACAACAGCAACAGUAACAGUAACAGCAGCAACAUAAAAACAACGAUUACAAAUUGUAAUAAUUUAAAUAUUAGUAAUAGCUGUAGAAAUAAUGUUAGCGCUAGAUUUAGUGAUCGCAAACUAAAAUCGACCGAGCCGGCGGCAGCAGCAGCAGCAGCAACAGCAGCAACGGCAUCAACAGCUUCUUUAGCAAACAUGAUGAUGUCCUCGUCGUCAAACUGCUCCGCAGCAGGUGAGCAGCAGGAACAGGCAACGGCAGCAGCAGCAGGAGCAGCAUCAAGACGUAGUCGCAGCAGCAGUCCCGCAUAUAAAAAGAACCUAUUGUCUAGCUUUGAGCAGACUGGCGCAGGCAACAACAAGCGUCAAGCGACAACAACAGCAGCAGCAACACCUGUGGAUGAGUCCACACACAAGCAGAAGCGCAGUCGACGUGCCGCUGCAUUGGCAGCUGCAGAGCAUAUACACUGCGAGGCGGUUGGUGGCGUGCAGCAACGUAAGCGCCAGCAGACAACAGCAGCAUCAGCCGUAACAACAACAACAACAACAUCAACAACAACUGCAGCAGCCGUAAUAAGCAGCAGCACUGUGGAACCGCUUUUGAAGACUCCAGAGCGACGGCUAAAGCUGACGUUGAGAAUGAAACGUUCGCCGAUUCUCGAUGAGGUAUUCGAGCUCGGCACAAGCUUGGGCGAGGAUCGACAACAUGCUCUUCAGAAUGGACAUGCUGCUGGCGGCCGAACGGGACAAGCGGGCAACAAUACGCACAGCAACAGCGGCGGCAGCAAUAGGGGCAAUCAAAACAGCAGCAGCAACAGCAAUCAAAACAACAACAGCAGCAGUGGCAGCAACAACAACAAUGCCAACAGUAGCAGCAGCAGUAGCGGCAUUGAAUAUGAAAUAUUGCGCAUGGAAGGCAUUUCGGAGCAUGGCAACGAUGAUGAUGACGAUGAGGAGGAGGAUGAGGACGAGGAAGAAGAAGAGGAGGAGGAGGAGGAGGACGACGAUGACGGUGAAGAGCAAGAUAUGGAGCAGCAGGCAGGAGACUCAGAGCAGCAACAAAAGCAACAACUGGAUGCCAGUAACUGGCGCCGUAAAGAAAAAUCACGACGCAGUCGUCGCCGCGGCUUCAACACUGCCAGCAGCACACCUCCGCCAGCAACAGUUGCUGCCAGCACCAACAGCAUAUAUGGCACGCCGCAAAAGAAGCGUUUACGCCUAAUCUUUGGCAACGAGUCGCAUACAAUAGACAUUCCACCAACAAAUACAGCAGCCACCAGUGCCGCAGCAACAUCAGCAAACGAAGCCAGCGGUGUCGACGAACUCAACAGCAGCAGCGGUGCUGGCAGUGGCACCAGCGAUGAGUCCUUUAAUGCUUCCUACGCCAGCAGCAACAGUAGCAGCGGAGCAACCAGCAUGACUGUACACAAUUCGUCGUUGAAUAGCAACAGCACGCCAACAUCGACAGCAUCCGAUACAGUUGAAGCGAUUGCAACAACCACAACACCAGCAACAGCGGCAUCCCCAACAGCAGCAGAUGGUACAGCUGCUGCUGCUGCUGCUGCUGCUGCUGCUGCUGCUACUGCGUCGGUUGCAAUAAUUGGUCAGCCACGGAUGCCUGCAGCUGACUCGCCCACUUCGACAACAUCCAGUGUAAGCUCCUUUCAAUCGGCCUGUACCUCGUCAACCAAUUUCUUUACACGCUCCAAAUCGCCGGCAAGCAGCUAUCAGCUGAAUGGCAGCCGCAGUAACAGUAGCUACAUGACCUACUACCAACAACAGCAGCAGCAACAACAACAACAACACCAACCGACAACAUUUGGUAGCACCAAACGAUCUGCAGAGCAGGCACAGGCUGUCGUUAGCAGUAGCAGCAGCAGCAUCCAUGCCAAUAACAACAACAGUAACAGCAACAGCAACAUAAACAACAACAGCAAUAGCAACAGCUCAACAAUUAGCAGCAGCAACGGCGCAACAAUUGCUGCGAGCAGCGUGUCCAGCACGCACAGUUUUCUUUCCAUGCCUAAGCACACCUUUGGCACUUGUGCUCUGCUCGCCCCAACCAGCUUUGCCGGCCUGCAACAGCAACAACAACAACAACAGCAGGCAUGCAAAUUGUCUGAUCAACAACAACAACAACAGCAGCCAACAUCUUCAUCACCACAGCUGCAGCAGCAGCAACAACAGCAACAUAACAACAAAUAACCAACGACUGAUCUCUAUGCGAAUUGACUGCGCUGCUGCCAUUGCCAACAACAACAACUGCAACAACAUUUAAAACCUGCCCCUUGCCUGCUGCUAGCUCUGAAGCUGUCGCCCCAACGCCCUCCCCUCUUUUGUUGUUAGCGUUAGGUCUCGUCUGCAGGUGUGUGUAUGCUUUAAACAGUAUGGCAACUCUGUCAGCAGAGCCUUAGUGAGAGUCUCUUAUGUCCGUUUGUUCUAAUACUAUAAAAAAAAAGUAUAACAGUUUGCGUAGUAAAGGAAAGCAAAGCCAAACAAGCAAGAAAAACAGGAAGUCGGUUGUCUUAGCAUACAUUUGAUUAUACAUUUCUUUUUGCUUUUCUUUCUAUUUUUCUCCCUUUUCUCUCUCUCUCUCUUUCUUUCUUUCUUUAUCUCUCUUUCUUUCUCUCUCUCUCUCUCUCGGCAUUGCAGAUGGAUAUUUAAAGCAUAAAUGUAGCAAAAAAGCGUGUGUUAAACAAAUUGUUGCAGUUGGUGAUGGUGGUGGUGUUAAUAAUAAUGCUAAUAAGAUUAAUAAUAAUAACAACAUCAAUAAUAAUUACAAUAGUAACAGCAGCAGCAGCAACAUAGUUAAAAAAUUAAGAAUAGAACUAAAACGCAUACAAAUCCUGUACAGUUAAAUUCGAAACAACAACAAAACGAAAUGAUUUAUAACUGUUAACAAAUUCAAAGUAAAUCAGUGCAACGUCCACUGGAGCAACAACAACUACAGCACAGCCCAAGGCAGCAGCGAAAGCAGCAACGACAGCAGUUGGAAGAGCAAGGAAUAUUAAUAUUGCCAUUGAUUGAAGGAGAGGAUCACACACAGACGGCAGAACUCUGUCUCUUUCUCACUCUUACUCUCGGUUAUCUUUUAAACGUUGUGAACAAAGAAGCAAACGGGAAAAAAAUAACAAUACAUAUAACAAAUAUAUUCUAAAUGCAAUGCACAUCAAUACACACACACACACACACAUGAAUACGCAAAAUUAUACACAAACGCAAUUAGCAGCGGUUUUAGACGCCUUACAAUUAAAGAUAAAUUUAUAAAAUAUUAAAGAAGAAAAAAAAGAAACUAAAAUACAUAUUAUAACCAUAUGUGUAUAUGAAAUGAGAAAACAAAGAAUAUAAGCCAACAACGUAGAGCAGUAAAAGAACAACAAUAACAACAAUAGAAGCAAACAAUAGCAUCAAAAGCAAUAUAUUAUAUACAUAUAUAUGUGUGUAUAUAUGUCCGAACUCAAUUUACAUAUACAUAUACAUACAUACUUAUAUAGGUGGCAUAUAUAAACAAGAAAUGCAUACAAGCAUUAGUAAACCAAAAUUCAUUUUACACA